GCCAGCCGAGCCGAGCGAGGGAGCGCACGGGGGCCCCUGCGGCCCAGCUCGGAGCCGGGGGCGCAGCGCCCGCCCCCCGAUCGCGGGCGUAGCCGGGCGGCUGCCUCCGGGCCACGUGGUGCGCGCGGCGGCUCGAGGGCGCCCGGGGGCUCGGGCGAGCGCGGCGGCUGUCCCGCCGGGCGGAGGCCAGGGGGAGCGAGCGCGGCCGCCUCCGGCGUCGGGGGCCGUGGCCUCCUCCGUCCGCGCGCCGCUCUCCGGCUCCCCGCGCCCAGGGCGCACGGUGGAGAGGGGGCGCCGCGGCGGCGCCAUGGAGCCGGUGCCCUCCGGCCGUGUGGAGCUGCAGUCCCCGCUCCCAGCCAACGCCUCGGAAGCCUUCCCCAGCGCCUUCCCCAGCGCCGGCGCCAACGUGUCGGGGCCGCCGGGCGCCCGGAGCGCCUCGUCCCUCGCCCUGGCCAUCGCCAUCACCGUGCUCUAUUCGGCUGUGUGCGCCGUGGGGCUGCUGGGCAACGUGGUCGUCAUGUUUGGCAUCGUCCGGUACACUAAGCUGAAGACUGCCACCAACACCUACAUCUUCAACCUGGCCCUGGCGGACGCGCUGGCCACCAGCACGCUGCCCUUCCAGAGCACCAAGUACCUGAUGGGAACGUGGCCGUUCGGAGAGCUGCUGUGCAAGGCCGUGCUCUCCACAGAUUAUUACAACAUGUUCACCAGCAUCUUUACGCUCACCAUGAUGAGCGUGGACCGCUACAUCGCCGUCUGCCACCCGGUCAAGGCUUUGGACUUCCGGACCCCCGCCAAGGCCAAGCUGAUCAACAUCUGCAUCUGGGUCGUGGCUUCGGGGGUCGGGGUCCCCAUCAUGGUCAUGGCAGUGACCCAGCCCCGGGAUGGAGCGGUGGUAUGCAUACUCCAGUUCCCCAGUCCCAGCUGGUACUGGGACACGGUGACCAAGAUCUGCGUGUUCCUCUUCGCCUUCGUGGUGCCGAUCCUCAUCAUCACUGUGUGCUACAGCCUCAUGCUGCUGCGCCUGCGCAGCGUGCGCCUGCUGUCGGGCUCCAAGGAGAAGGACCGCAGCCUGCGGCGCAUCACGCGCAUGGUGCUGGUGGUGGUGGGCGCCUUCGUGGUGUGCUGGGCGCCCAUCCACAUCUUCGUCAUCGUCUGGACGCUGGUGGACAUCAACCGGAGCGACCCGCUUGUGGUGGCCGCGCUGCACCUGUGCAUCGCCCUGGGCUACGCCAACAGCAGCCUCAACCCCGUGCUCUACGCCUUCCUGGACGAGAACUUCAAGCGCUGCUUCCGCCAGCUCUGCCGCGCCCCCUGUGGCCGCCAGGAACCCGGCAGCCUCCGCAGUGGCCGCCAGGCCACCGCGCGUGAGCGCGUCACCGCCUGCACCCCCUCCGAUGGCCCGGGCGGUGGUACUGCCGCCUGACCUACCCGGCCCCCCCCCAGCGCCCCUCCCAAGUGAAGUGACCCAGCGGCCACCCCGAGCCCCCUAGGAGGUCGUGGCCACCGUCUGGGCAGCUAGUAGGGGGCCUGCACAGAGGGGAGGCCUCUGGUGGGGGCGGGGCCUGUGGGGUCCAAGGCUCUGGUUUGGCGGGGUGGAGGUGAAGCUGGGGACUCCAGAGAGUCACCCCUAAACGGGACCUAUUAGUGAGGCCUCUGCAAUGGGGCAGGGCUUCAGCCUGGGAUAACCUCGGGUUCUGGCCUUUUGAACACGCAGGUCCAGUCUUAAGACCAGCUCCAGGAACCAGGAGAGACCGUGAUGGGGUCAAUGACUUGAUGAUGGAGCUGAGUCUGGGCCUUUGUGGCAGGGGAGGAGCCUCUUCGAAGGGGAGGUGAGGGGGCAGGGCAGUCAGGCAGGGCAGCUUAGAGUUUGGUCAGGAGAUAAGCGCCCUCCCCGCGGAGGGGUCCGCUUCGGAGAAAAGUCAAGGCGCUCAGGACCUUCUCACUACGGGCGGAGGCCAUGACUUCUCUGUAAGAGAAUUCAAGCUGGACCUGGUGGUGCAGGCCUGUGUCAUCCCAGUCAUGCCGGAGGCUGAGUCUGGCCAAUUAAAGCAGCCCGGGCAAACUUAGUGUUUCAAAAUAAAAAGUAAAGAGGCUGGGGAUUCAGCUCAGUGGUGGGGUGUUUGUGUGGGGUUCCGGGAUCAAGGAGACAAAACAAACAAAACCCUUCCAAACGGCAAAACCAAACAAAAAGUAAACCAUACAGACGAGCCUAAAUUGAACCCCAUCCACAGCCCUGUGUCCCUGUGUGGCUGGGGACAGGCCAGUGGGCAGAAGCGGAGACUCCCUGGGUACUGAACAAGGCCCCCAGAAUCAAGUUCUAACGGGACCCCUGAGGCCCAAGGAGGAGUGAGAGGUUCCAGGCUCCAAAACCGAGGAAGCCUUUGUGUCAAGAAGUAGGAAGUACAGAUUGAGGUGAUUAAGGACAACACGUGCUGUUCUUGCAGAGGACACAGGUUCGAUUCCCAGCACCCGCGUGGCAGCUCACCCUCUGUCCCAGUAGAUCUGAUGCCUUCUGACCUCUGUGGGCACCAGGCAUGAGCACGGUGCACAUACAUAACGCAGGCAAGACACUCACACACGUAAAACAAUAAAAUAAGUCUUUUAAAAAAAAAGCGGGAGUUGCCCGCGGUGACCCACGCCUUUAAUCCCUGCACUUGGGAAGCAGACUCCGGAGGAUCUCUGUGCGUUCUUGUCCUCCAUAGCGAGUUCCAGGGCUACACAGUGAGACUCUGUCUCAAAAAAGCAAAACAAAAAGUGUGUGUUGGGGAGGGGAGAGGCAGGGGGUCAAGGCUUCAGCUGACCGUUUUAAUCCUGAAGCCCAAGGGUGGAUGUUUUUGGGGUUCUCGGGGCCCUAGUAUAUGCAGCUCGGUACUGGAGCACAGAGACCCAUUUUGGCUGAGCACCCCAUAUGUGGCACCUCAAGGUGAGUGAGGUUUAGACCCUUGAUUAGGACCUGGGGGGAAUCCCUUUCCUUUCUCAGCGUCUGGCUGCCCUUCAGAUGUCUGGCAUCUGUGGCUUUCAGGGACUGGGGCCGAUUCUGAAGGCGCCGGGGAAAGAGGGCUCUGACGGUAGUGACGUCAGCAUGGCCCUUUACCCCCGGGUCCCUCUUCUGCUCAAGCUGCUGAGGGAGGACAUAGAAACGUAUCCAGGCACCCCUGGACCCUAGCUCCCCUGAAUGUCAUCAUUUGCCCUAUCCCCCGUGCCUCCCCCACUGCCUGAGCAACCUGCCCCUGACUCCCUAUUGAAGCAGCCUGCUGACAUCCUUGUAAAAACAAAUUUAAUUCUCUUCCUUUUUUGGGACAGAUGGAAAGAAAUUGACGCCUUUGUCUCAAACAAAAAAAAAAAAAAAGAAAAGAAAAAAAAAGAAAGGAGCGAGAGAGACAAUAUACCUCUUUUCUUUUUUGACAGCCACUUCAUUGGAACAAAAGCUGGAGGCUGUCACUCCAGCAGGGACUGAACCAGCCUUCAGGGGAGGCAGAGCUAGGCGAGCAGGAAGGGUCCCUUUGAUGGACAAAGUACGGUCCCUUUUCUCAGCAUGACGUCCUUCAAAGCCUAGGACCUUGGGAGCUCUGUACUUUGGGAUGUAGUGUGAUAGUCACUGCUGGCGUCAGGCCUGCUCAGCCACCCUAGCCUGGAACCUAGUCUCUCAGCUGACCUUCACCACCCAAAUGGACAAGGUGAUCACCACACUAAAGGUGCUCCUAGGUACUCGCCACUGGAGAUUCCUAGAGGAGGUAGCAGAGAAAGGGGACAGUUAAUCAGGGCAGACUCCUCAAGCAGGUGACACAGGCUUUAGAACUGUGUAGCAUGUGGCCCAGGCUGACCUUGAACUCCUGAUCUUCCAGCCGGGAGCCUCCGGAGUAUUGGUAUUACAGGUGUGGUUUCGAGAUUGCUUAAACAUUGAUUGAGUGAUCGUGUCUGUGUGGGGACAUGCUCCUGACUGAGUGAUUGUUUCUGUGUGGGAACAUGGUCCUCCCACUGUGCACAUGUGGAGGUCAGAGGUCAGGGCACAGUUUGGGAGAGUUGGUUCUCCUUCUGCCUUGUGGGUUUCUUUCUAGGGAUUGAGCUCAAAUCAUCACGUUUGGUGGCAAGGACCUUUACCCUUUUAUUUAUUUGUUAUUCAUUUGUUUGUUUAGUCGUGUGUGUGUGUGUGUGUGUGUGUGUGUGUGUAUGUAUGUAUGUAUGUAUACACUGGCCUGCCAUGCACCUCCCAAGUGCUUAGAUCAUAGACAUGUGUUACCACAUCCAACAAGAUCUGGCUGCUUUUAUUUAUUUUAUUUUUUUAUUUUUCCUUUUCUGAUAUUGGUAGGCGUCUGACCGGAGAUCAGCCUCAGCUGGGCCCGGACCGUGUGUAGUAACGUGAGCAUCCCGAAAGCCUACCAGGCUGUGCACUCUGGGCACUGUGACUGGGAAUUCAGUCAAAUGCGUCUCCUCUCUCAGAAAGCUCCAGCCAAUGCUGGGAAGCAAAUCAUACGCAGGUGACUGCGUGCAGUUGUGGCAAGAGCAGUGACAGGAAGCCCCGGGGAGGACGUCCCUCAGAAGUGCCUUCUAACUAAAAUCACGCUUGCAACAACUUUAUAAGAGGUGGCAGAGGGUCAGGGGUUUUAAAGGAUGCACAGGAGUUGGCCCCUGAGACGGCAGAACAGUGUGUGGAAAAGCAUGAGUACGUUUACGUGCAUGGCAAACCCAAAAGUUACGGGCAGUGGAGACACAGAACUUGCCUGAGUGCCGUGGGACACCAGGCUUGGUGCCAAGUGCUCUAUGCACCUAUCUCAGCUCUCCCUCCCUCUCUCUCUCUCUCUCUCUCUCCCUCUCUCUCUCUCUUUGUGACAAGGUCUUACUGGCUGGCUUGAAACUUGCCGUAUAGACCAGGCUGGCCUUGAACUCACAAAGAUCAGUCUGCCUGUGCCUCUUGAGUGCUGGAAUUAAAGGCGUGUGCCACACCUGGGUAGUAUUCUCAUUUUAUAUAUAUGUAUGUAUGGUUGGUUGGUUGGUUGGUUGGUUGUUUUUUUGGGGGACAGGGUUUCUUUGUGUAGUCCUGGCUGUCCUGGAACUUGAUCUGUAGACCAGGCUGGCCUCACACCAUCUGCCUCUGCUUCCCAACUGCUGGGAUUAAAGGCGUGCACCAUGCCUGGCUGGCCUCAGAGAGAUGAAGCUGCUUUCCCCUGAGUCACCUUGUCAGGAGUGGCAGAACUCAGGUCAGGAAUUCUAGAGAAAAUCCCCAGGUCCAAGUCUACUGUGAAUUCUGGGCACCGGUGGAGUAGAAAGCCAUUCCAGCUCCUGCCGGAACCCUGGGACGAGGGGUUUGAAGACUUAACAAAAUGGGAGAAAAGGGCAAUUUUCUGUGAACUUUUGUUCCUCCCGAAGUUCUCCAAAUCUUUGCCUUUCAAAAUGUACCGUGCACAGUGCAUUUUUAAAGCUGCAAAUUGACAGUGUAAUUCUAGACUCUCACAGGUCUCUUCCUCCCCAAAAUUUCCACUCCUUUCUCUCUGAGAGGUGGGAGGGAAGAUUUUGCCUUUGGUUUAAAAAUGCCCUACGGUUUCCAGUCUCUUCUUGAUGUCCUAGAACUCUGGAUGAAUGCCAGACUCUGAGGUUGGCUUCCCCUCUCAGAGUCUCAGUGCCCCUAGAGUGGACUUUCUCUGUAGAGCGGCUAUGAGAUUACCUGGCACUGGCAGGUAGCUGUGACUGGAAGACAGAGGACAAGGUAAGAGCUGGAGACCCAGAGGGAAAUAUGCAUGGUCUUCCAGGGUGCAGCGAGGAAAGAGGAGUGUGGGAAUCUGGCCUUGCUUCCUGGGCUCAAGAGCCACCAAGGGGAGUGAGAAACCACUGGAGGAGCAAGGGGAAGAAGGGGAGAAUGUGCUGUCAUGGAAACGAGAGGAGGAAGGUGUUCCCAGGGAGAGGGAGUGAUGGAUACUGUCAGGUAUAGUGGAGAGGACUGGGUGCAGGGGGCAGGAGGGUAAUAAUGGGAGUACACCAGAGAUCUCAAAUUCAGUCCCCGACGUGGCCAAGAAGAGCCCCAACUCGGCUUCAAACCUCAGCCCCUGAAGUUAAACAGGUCCAUGAGCUAGCAAGUUUGUUCCCACAAACUUGUGUUUCCUGCUAGAUGUCAGAGAAUGGGCAGUCUCCAAUAAGAUGGCCAGUGUCUGUUUAGGUUCUUAAAUUGGCUGGAUUCGCAGAUCUUAGGCAAGUCAUGGCACCCCCAAGAGUUCCCUCUGAGCACUCCGAUAUUUCCAAGUUACAUGCCUACGGAAGCUCCUUGCACAUAGUGGCCCCAAUACAGGGUUCUUCCCUAUAAUAAUGCGAGUGCCAAAGCUGACUGUUUCACUUUGAAAUGCCUGGCAAGUUGGAGAUGGCAUUUGGCAUCUGGAGAGUUACUGGAGCAUCCAUCGAGUGCCCUGCCCCGGCUGAGCACCUGCCGGGUCCAGUCCAAAGGCCAGACUCCAGCUCUCAGUGUCAGCAGCAGAUUCUGAACCUAGAACUGCAGAGCCAUAGGAAGACUCUAAACUCUAGACAGGGAGGUUCUCUGCUAGGUCCUGGCCUCAGCCCUUACACACAAACCACUCACGGAAUAGGGCCUCGAGAGAUGGCUCAGCAGUUCUUCUGAGGACCCGAGUUCAGUUCUUAGCACCCAAACCAGGCAGCUUACAACUGCCUACAGGGAAUUCUAGGGGAAUCUGACCCCUCUGUCCUCUGCAGGUGGCAUCAUGUGUAUAGUGGACACACACACACAUAUCUGCAUGCAGGAACUCUAUGCAUGUUCCCACACCUUCCUUCUCUCACUUGAGUCAGGAUCCCAGGUAGCCCAGGUUGGCAUUAAACUCACAGUGUAGGGAGACCUUUAAUUCCCAAUUCUCCUCUCUCCACCUCCCAGGUGCUGGGGUUACAGGUGUCCACGACCACGUGAUCUCUCUUCAGGUUAUUCUCUGUCUAUUCCCUUUGUUACCGCCGGACACUGGGCAGGUAGUGCAUUUGCUAGGAGUGAUGCAAGAAGAACUGAGGCCUGAGCCCUCACUCUGAGUUUGUGGCUGGGGUUCCCGAGACCGGGACAGUGGCUCUGAGGCUCUGGAUGCCGGCAGCUUGGGAGUUCACCCUGGAGCCAUCAGGAGCUGAUGAGGGACUGCAGGAUGGGCACACUGAAGAGGCUGUCAGUCAUGUCCAACCAAGCUCUGAUGUUGCCAUCAUGCAGUUCAGACUGGAGAGCUGCUCAAUCUAGUUACCACAAAAAAAAAAAAAAAAAAAAGCAAAACUCGGCUGGGUGGAGGUUGCUCACGCCUGUAAUCCCAGCACUGGUAUUAAAGACAGAGGCAGGUGGAUCUCUGAGUUUGAGGCCAGCCUGGUCUACAGAGUGAGUUCCAGGACAGCCAGGAGUAUACAGGGAAACUCUAUCUUAAAACAUUUUUAAAUAAUGUUUAAGUAAAGUUUAUGAUUUUCGUUUUGGGCUGUGUGAUGUGGUCGAUGGGCCAGCCCUCGGAUGUCCUGGCCUGGGUCUAGCCCCAACAUCAACACCAGGAGGAGGCGUGGUGCACAGCUGUAACACUGUCAUACAGUGGCUCAGUCCCCCCAAACUGACUACGAGGCAGCCAUUAUUAUGAGGCUCCGUUCGGGGAGGCGAUGGCCUGUCUAUGAUUGUCUCUUAAGGACCCCGUGCUAGGGUCUGUGUUGUCUUGUAACCCUGACAGCACCUGUGAGCCACCUAAAAACCUGCUGCAACUUUGGCAGGCUCGUCUCACAUUUAUUUCUUCCUGCCUUGAAGGCCAGCUGGUCUAUGAUAUUUUGACCACCUGUCAGGUCUUCGCUCUAUCAUCUUGGGAAAGACUCUCAGCCCAUCGCCUCUAGAUUUUGGUAGCCAGAUGGGUGUGGUGGUAUAUGCAGAAAGCUGAGGCAGGAGGCUCUCACAUUCUGGGCUACAUGGUGAGAUCCUGGCAGCAGCAGAAGAAGAAGAGGAGGAGAAGGAGGAAGAAGAGAGGAGAGAGAGAGAGCUGGGUGUAGUGGCUCAUGCCACAUGUAAUCCUAGCACACACCCUCACUGGGACAGGAGAAUUGCCAUGAUUUUGAGGCCAGCCUGGGUUCUAAGACUGAGACCUUGUCUCAAAAAAAAACAGAACAAAAUAAAACAAAAAGACAACAACCUCCAAACAGGCAAUAACUGCAAAAGAUGAAGCUUACUUGGUGAGAAUUUGAGAUUUAGAAAGAAGGUGUGACAUUCCCUCAGGAUGGGAUGUAGAAAAGGGAAAUCCUGGCGGAAUCCAACCAGAUUUACUCAUCUCACUGACAGCACCCAAGAAGUCUGCAACCCAGUUUACUGGGUGAUAUCAUUACUUGGGAGGUCGUUUUGUACCACCUGCUCUGGAAAAGAAGUACCAGCUAAACCUGCCAUCCUACCCCAACACAGAGUGUGUCUACCGUCUACAGUAAGGGAGGCGGGCGGGCAGGUUUCUCAAUAAAGACUUGGUUCCUUCUCUCUUGAAAAAAAAAAAAAGAAAGAAGGUGUGAACGAGAGGCCUUGCAUUAUUUGGUCAUGGAAACUUCCAGCAAUCAUAGGUAGCAAACGCUCAACAGACAGGAGGCUUUUAUUACCUUGUGUUUAGUUUUUUUCUGUACCAACCCUUGCCUCUCUUCUCAUCCCCACCCCACUUUCUUUUCUUGAUAAGGUCUCUGUGAAGCUCAGACUGGCCAAAAUAGCUCCUCCUGCCUCUGCAUCCCAAAUGCUGGGGUCACAGGCAAGAGCCCCCAUGCUCUAUCACCCCCUGAUUCGUAAUGCUGGGGGCAGGUCACAGCAAAGGACUUUUUCUUGUAAAUAUGUCCUCAGGUCUAAGAAAGCAGUUUCUUUUUCUCCUCCGUUCCUUUCAUGUGCUGGCCUCUCUUGGGUCCCUGGGACCCAAGAAUAAGGGACAACCUAGGAGAGAAGCAAGGUCACUGGUGGCCAUUGGCUGAACAGCAUAGUCACAGAGAAGGAAUCUCUGGAGAGGGACUCUGGAGAGUCUCCUGUUAGAUCCCAAGAUGGAGACAGGGAACAAGGCUUUGACUCUUUGCCCUCUGCUUCCUUGCUGUAUGUCUGGCCAGUGUCUCUCUGUCUCUGGGCCUCUGCAUGAUGGAGGGGUAGAGAUGGGAGUUAAUGGGGUCAGAGGGACCUGCCAGCUUCCGCCCUUGACUCUUCCCAAAACAGACAUCAAUUGGUAAAAAGCCACUGCGUAUUUAUCCGGAGAUGGGGUGGGGCGAUGAUUUCAUUGUUGGCAUGUUUGGGGGGGUGAAGGAGGCAGACGUGGCGCAGACGGAACCUGCCUCACACCCUUGGCUUUUGUUCCACCCCAGAUCCCAUCCAGUGUCAAUAUCCAACUUCUAUUUUCCAAAUAAAGUGAGCUUGGUUCUCCAAAUUAUAA